AUGUCGACUAGUACCCAAAAGAUGCCUAGACCCACGUCUAGGGAUGCACCCAAGUUUGAUAGCGAUGAGCCUGAGAACUUGCGACAUUUCCUUGGGCAGAUGGAGGAUUUAUUCUCCGACUAUAGCAUCACUGACGAUGACAAGAAGAAGAAGAAGCUAGUAAGGUACACGGAUGCCCAUACCGAGGAAGAGUGGCAAGCACUGGAUGAAUAUACCAGUGGCACAUUUACUGAGUUUAAGGAAGCUGUGCUUAAGAACUAUCCAGAGGCGGCUGAUGCAGAGACAGGUACUUGGGAGAGGCUGACGUUCUUGACUGAGGCAAAGAAGCUACAAAAACCUCCAGUGCUAGUUACAAAUCGAGAACUAGUGGAAAAAUUCACUGAGUCGUUGUCACCCUCGUUUAGAGAACACAUUGAUUCCCGACUAAGUAUCAAGCAAGGACUCAAAAGCAGAACGACUAUGCCUGCUGCGGCUCUGGCUAUAGGUGCAGCUAGCACUGCAACCCCUGUCAAGCGAUGGGAAGAUAUGCACACCCUUGAAGAGGUUGUUGCAGAAGCUGAUGACAUUGUGUUCAACACGUCUACUAGUUACCUUCUGUCGUUGACUAGUAUGAGUAUGUCAUCUACUGGAGUCACUAGUGGCCCUGGUAUCAAGGCAGAAAUGGAAGAAGUAAAGCAACAAGUAGCUACACUACUCGAUCACACCGAUGUAAGUGAUAAGUGUGCGCGUGAGAGGCAAGAUGAAAUAUUGCGGGCCUUUCAACAAGGCGGUAAUAAUGCCUCCGCGCUGAGGCAAUCGAGACCUCAGCAUGACAACUCCGGAUCGGGGUCUUCAGACUUCCUCUGCUGGUAUGACUGGAAGCCAGGGCACUUUGUAAAAGAUUGCCAGAACUGCCAGAAGCACAUAGUGGAAGGACUAUUGAAGGUAGUCAACAACAGGUUCGUGAUGGCCGAUGGCUCACCUAUUCCUCGUGAACCAGCACAGCUCUCACCCAUGGAUCGAGUACUAGCAUGGCAUAAUAGUCAAAAGCAAGAGCAGUUGUUUUGGGAAGAGCAAAACAGGGCAGUGGGUGUUUACAACCUCGCUAUUCCCAAGUAUGCAUCUCUGUAUGCGAGCAGGCCAAGGGACACUCGAGACGAAGUUAUUGAAAAACUCCGUCAAGAUCUCCAAUAUUGGCAAACUAGCACUCAAGCCAACAGUCAGAACCAGACUAGUUGGCAGAAUUCUGAAGAAGAAGAUUCAGAUGAAGAGGAGGACCCUCCAAGGCAGGAGCUGCCAUUCAGGGAUGUCCCCAGUGUGAGCUUUGCUCCUCUGCUGUCGGACAGUAAGAAAACUAGAGCUAAGAGUAAAGAAUGGGCAGACGACUCCAAGGUACCAGCCUACAAGCAUAUGGCACCUAUCCAUAAGGAAGGCAGGGUACAGGACGUCGUGUCCAAAGUGUUGAAAAUGCCAAUAGUGUUGAAUGCUGAAGAGCUUAUGGAUCUAUCAGAACCAUUAAGAAAAGAGAUAGCCAAGUUGAUGUCCAAAAAGCGGGUAGCAACACAGCCAGUGACGGAAACAGUGUUUAGUGUGGGGGAGACUCAGCCAGAGUCAGUCCCAUUACCAUUUCACGGCACUAGUGAUGAAGCAGAAGAUGAGGAGGACUUGUCCUUGACCUCUGAUGCUAUUAACAUCCGUGACUUAUCCUCUGCGACAUUUAUGGCUGCACAAUUCAAUGUUGGUUUAGUACCAGCUGGUUCUUUGAUCAUGACAGACCCAUACCUUCAGUACCUCGACUCACUAGUGCCAGGAGAAAAGCCGAAGCCGGUAAUAGUCGCAAAAGACUCUGCCAGCUUGCGAGCUGUGUACCCCUUAAUAAAUGGCAUAGGCGAAGAAGAAAGUGUGGUUGAUGGCGGCUCGCAAAUAGUGUCGAUGGCUGGGGCAAUAGUGACCAAGUUGGGUAUAGCUUGGGAUCCGGACAUCGUUAUUCAUAUGCAGAGUGCGAAUGGCCAACUUGAGAAGACCUUAGGACUAGCCAGGAAUGUUCCGUUCCUCUUUAAUGAUAUUACCAUGUACUUGCAAGUGCAUGUUAUCAAUAGUCUGGCUUAUAAGGUGUUGUUAGGUCGACCGUUCGACGUUCUCACCAAGAGUGUCAUCAAGAACCAAGCAGACGGUGGACAGAUAAUCACUAUUACUGAUCCUAACACGAGUUGA